AUGGUCGCCUACAACGAGAGCAUCUGCUUCGACAAGGCACUGUACAAGCAGGACAUCCUAGGCAGCAUCGCCUUCGCCCGCGUCAACAAGAAGGGGGGCAUCUUGACCGAAGAAGAGUUCGAAAAGAUAGAAAAUGGCCUACACGCCGUCCUGGAGGAAUGGGACGCCGGCACCUUUACCAUUGUGCCCAGCGUGGAUGAGGACAUCCACACAGCCAACGAGCGCCGGCUCGGCGAGAUCAUCGGCAAGGACGUCGCCGGCAAGCUCCACACUGGCCGCAGCCGCAACGAGCAGGUCGCCUGCGACAUGCGUAUGUGGCUGCGCAGCCAGCGCGCCCAACCGAUCCAGUGGAGCCACUGGAUCCUGUCCUACGGCGUCUCCUUCGCCGACGACCUAGAGCGGCUGCGCGAGGUGACCCGCCGCGUCAACCGUUGCCCGCUCGACCGCGGCGCCCUCGCCGGCAAUCCCUUCGGUAUCGACCGCGCGAUGAUGGCCAAGGAGCUCGGCUUCGAAGGGCUGCUGUGGAACUCGAUGGGCGGCGUCGCGGACCGCGACUUCGUCGCCGAGGCGCUGCAGUGGGCCGCGACGCUCAUGCAACACGUCCCGCGCUGGGCCGAGGACCUCAUCCUCUACUCGACGGCCGAGUUCGGGUUCGUCCGCCUCGUCGACACCUACUCGACGGCGGUAGGUAGGGAGUAA